AUGGCGGCAAACUACCCCUGGAUGCGGCCGCGACGCGGCCUGUCGCUCCUCUGCGUCGUCGCCCUCUGUUGCUGCACGGUCAUUCUCGCCAUCUGGUAUGCCAUGAACUCCGACCGCGACUAUAUCCACCCUCUCCUCACCCAACUCAUCCCCGCCGGCCAUUGUGCAUGCCAAACGUCCACGACCUUUCAAUGCUCCACCUGUGUGUCCUGCGCCGACACCUCUACCCUCCAGCUGUCCGCCUCCCCCAGCUGGAAAUUUGAAUAUCCACGCGACGCCCGCAAUGAGGCUCUCGACCAAGCUCAAUGUCAGGCCGCUUUCCCGGGCCUCUUCGAAGACAUCGCCCGCGGCGGACGCUACUGGCGGGCGCACGGUGGUGGCCUGGCCACGGAAGAUCUCGACACCAUCAAAAUUCAACCGGGCAUGGCCCGCGCCUUUAUCUCGCGGGGCCACCUGCAUGUCGUCGCCGCCCGCGCCAUGGGCGAGGACCACCGACGCAAAAUCCUGGGUGUGCUCAGCUCCAUCCACCGGGCGCUGGCCGCCGACCCGGAGCGAGUGUCGCGCCGGGAUAUUGAGUUUGUCUUCUCCGUGGAAGACAAGGUGGAGGACGUGACCAACCCCGAUUAUCCCAUCUGGGUCUUUGCUCGGACCCCAACUGAGGAAGGCGUCUGGCUAAUGCCUGACUUCAGCUUCUGGGCGUGGGAUAACCCGGAUAACUAUAUCGGUCCUUAUGACCAGGUGGUCGACCGGAUCAUGCGCAUGGACAUUCCGUGGGACGAGAAAAAGCCCCAGCUGGUUUGGCGCGGGAAGCCCAGCUUUGCCCCGAAACUGCGACGGGCCUUGAUUGAAGCCGCUCGCGACCAGCCCUGGGGGGAUGUGAAGCAGGUCGACUGGACCACCGGCUCCAACGUGCUCAGGAUGGAGGACCACUGUCACUAUAUGUUUAUCGCGCAUGUUGAAGGUCGGGCGUACUCCGCAUCCCUCAAGUACCGGCAGGCCUGUCACUCCGUCAUUGUCGCACACCGUCUCCAGUACAUCCAGCACCACCACUAUCUCCUGGUUGCCAGCGGCCCGAAUCAAAAUUACGUCGAAGUGGAGCGGGACUUCAGUGAUCUGGCCGAGAAGAUCGAGCCCCUCGUUGCCAACACGGAGGCCGCGGCGCGCAUCGCCAAGAACAGCGUGACGACCUUCCGCGAGCGGUACCUCACCGCUGCGGCGGAGGCGUGCUACUGGCGGGCUCUCUUCGAUGGUUACGGGUCCAUCUGGAACAGCAGCGUUGAUCCGUGGUCGGAUCGCAGCGGCAAGGAACGAGGCCUCCGCUACGAGUCAUUUGUGUUGCUGGAGAGUUCCAAUAUGUUUGAAUUCCAGGCCGACGCCAUUACUUCGGGCUAUGCGUAG